CGACCUUCGCGUACCAACGAACCACCUUUUUCAUUUUACACCUCUGACAAUGGUAAAUAAAGUGAAGAUCAGUCGCGCCGUGGAUGAAAACGAAGUAGAGGAAGUGCCCCCUUCCGAGGAGGAGGGGCAGAAUGGAGAGCAGGAAGAAGAGGAGUACGAGAUCGAGAAGAUCCUCGACGCGAAGCCGGGCACUUUCGAGGGCGGCAAGCUUGGCUAUCUGGUGAAAUGGAAGGGCUACGAGGAGACACACAACAGUUGGGUUAGCGAGGCAGAUGCCAUCAACUGCCAGGACCUGAUUCAGGAUUUCUGGAACAAGCGUGGCAAGAAAACCGAAAAGCCAUCCCCGAAAAAGCCGGCUACCGCGUCGGUCACAUCUGGUACCAAAUCGAGCAGUACUACAGCCAGCCGCAAGCGUGCGACUCCUGAAGACGAACCAAACACGAUCUCGGCGCCGCCAAAGAGACGUGGUCGUCCGCCGAAGCAGAAGCCCGUGUCUGAGAGCGAAGACGACGCUCCCGCGGCCAAAGCUCCUGCGAAGAGAGGUCGGCCCAGUAUGCAGGUCGCCGCCACUCAAAAGGUCAAAGAUCCCGAUGCCAUGGACGAGGAUGAGGACCAGGCUUACUUCAACAUGGGCAUAUACAAGGACAUGUCUUCCUGGGAGAGCCUCAUUGACCAUGUCGACACCGUUGAGCGCAUGGAUGAUGGAAAACUCAUUGUUUACUUCAAGCUGACCAAGAAACAUGGGAACAAACUAUGCCGCGAGGAGUCCAGGUUGUGCAGGCAGAAGUUCCCGAACUUGCUGCUCGACUUCUAUGAACACAACCUCCGCUGGAGGCCGUUCGAGUGACCUAGUGACUGGCCCGGCGCAACGCUCCCCCCUAAUAGUUGCCUUCCGUUCCCGGUUCGCUGAGUUUCAUAUCAUGUUCGGUUCAAUGUCAAUUCUCCAGUACUAUUUUUGCAUUCAUUUGCGAUCGUUCCCUGGUUAUGCUACUUUUGCGCGAAAAUAUUGCAGGUUCAAUAAACAUGCUGUUUGCCCCCC